UAUAUAUAUAUAAACUCUUUCAAUAUCAUCGUAUGAUUACACGUUAAAAAAAUGUUUUUGUAUGGAAUAGUUUUAUUUGCUGUAGCUGCAGUUAGCUCACCUCUGAAAGAUGAUUAUAUUAUCAAUAAUAAGCGCUUUCCCGAAAAUUUUAUGUUUGGAGUAGCAACAUCAGCGUAUCAAAUUGAAGGCGCUUGGAAUGUUGACGGUAGGACUCCAAGUAUAUGGGAUAACAUGACCCACAUGAAUCCUGAUUUUACUCCUGAUAAAAGUAAUGGAGACGUUGCUUGUUUGUCAUACUAUAAAUACAAGGAAGAUAUCAAAUUAUUGAAAGCAAUGGGUGUGAAACAUUAUAGAUUUUCCCUUUCUUGGUCAAGAAUUUUACCUACUGGUUACGCAGAUAAAAUCAACGAAUUGGGAGUUGCUUAUUACAAAAAUCUAAUCGCAGAACUCAAGAUCAACGACAUUGAACCGUUAGUAACGAUUUCUCACUGGGAUUUACCUUUAACUUUGGAAGCUUUGGGUGGUUUUCUAAACGAGGAUAUUCAAUGGUGGUUCCAAGAUUAUGCCAGAGUUGUAUUCUCUUUAUUUGGUGAUGAUGUGAAAUAUUGGAUAACUUUUAAUGAACCCCGACAGACAUGUAUGGGCGGAUAUGGAUACGGUUAUUAUCCACCAGCCAUUCAUUCUGAAGGUCUUUUGGAGUACGUUUGCGCACAUAAUCUGCUUAGAGCUCAUGCAAGAGCUUGGCACGUUUAUAAUAACGAAUUCAGAUCUACUCAAGGAGGAAAAAUAUCAAUUGUGGUUGAUACUAGUGCGUACAUCCCAGCAUCUGAUAAUGAAGAAGAUAAAGUAGCUGCAGACACAAAGUAUUAUUUUGAGCUUGGAUGGUUUGCAAAUCCCGUUCAUUAUGGAGACUACCCCGAAAUCAUGAGAACAAGGGUGGAUCAACGAAGUAGAGCCGAAGGAAGAAGUCAGUCUCGUCUUCCAGUAUUCACCGAUGAGGAAAAAAAUUUGCUUAAAGGAACUGCAGAUUUCUUCGCAUUUAAUACGUAUUCUGCUAACAUAGUUCAACAUAUGGAUGAUCCACCGAUUUCCUAUCCACCUUCAAAAUAUCAGGAUCAAGGUGUAAGAGAUUUUCAACCUUCGGAAUGGCAAAAUAGUACCCAACCUAGUUGGUUUAAGAUUGUACCGUGGUGUAUGAGGGGUCUCUUGAAGUGGAUCAAAGAUCAUUAUGAAGAUCCAGACAUAUUGAUAUCUGAAAAUGGUUUAUGUACUGAUGAUGACGAGAAGAGAAUAUAUUAUAUAAAGAAUUACAUGAGUUACAUGAGAGAUGCAAUGGAGUUAGACGAUGUGAAAGUAUUCGGUUAUACAGUAUGGAGUAUCAUGGAUAAUUUUGAAUGGCAGUUGGGCUACACUCAAAAAUAUGGACUUUACGAAGUUGACUUCAAUGACGAAAACCGGACGCGAAAGGCUAGACCGUCAGCUGAAUUUUAUACCAAUGUUUGUAAAACCAGAUGUUUAACGGAUGAAUGCGUCGAUUAAUUGAUAUUUUAAUAUAAAAGGAAUUUAUUUUUAAAUAUUCAUUGAAUAAAUGUAUUGUAAUGUUUUUCUUAAUUAUUCAUAUGAUUUCUAUUCGUAUACGUUUCAUAUUAUUUAAAUACUAUACACUACACUUGACUAACAAUAAUUUUUUAAUUUCUUCGAUUACUUUGAUAAUUUGUUUUAUUCACUAAGAAUAUUUAUUAUAAACCUAACCUAACCUAA